CACGAUUACAAUAAAUGGGUAAAUUUCGGUUUCAGUAACCACACUAUUACUAGUUUCUGGCGGUUUUAAUGUUUUGAUAAUUAUGGAUGUUUUAUUCAUCGAUAACAGGCGUCAAGAUGAAGUUGAACUGUUUUAUGAAGCAUGCCAGCGCCACAGGAACUACUACAGAGGCUACCCUAAGGCAUACCAUCCCCUCACUUACUUCCUAGACGCAGAUUACAUGUGGCAAUGUCCACCGGAUCUAACUCCGACUUACCUCAGUUUCCCGGUGUUCCACGUGAAGUACAAGCAGCCGGCAGUCCUGCCUGGCAGCACUGGCCGUACCAGCGGAAUGCCGUCCCUACCUGGCCGGACCCUCGGUGGCCGCUACAAUAAAGCUGCUUGCAAGGCUUUUAUCAGAUAAAACGAUGACACCAACAGUUUACCAUCCCUGCCUGAUUGCCACUGUAGUACAGAUAUUCGCACCAUCAGUUUACCAUCCAGGACUGGAGUAACAAUAAAGCUACUUGCAAGGCCUUUAUCAGAUAAAACAAUGACACCAACAGUUUACCAUCCCUGCCUGAUUGCCACUGUAGUACAGAUAUUCGCACCAUCAGUUUACCAUCCAGGACUGGAGUAACAAUAAAGCUACUUGCAAGGCCUUUAUCAGAUAAAACGAUGACACCAACAGUUUACCAUCCCUGCCUGAUUGCCACUGUAGUACAGAUAUUCGCACCAUCAGUUUACCAUCCAGGACUGGAGUAACAAUAAAGCUACUUGCAAGGCCUUUAUCAGAUAAAACGAUGACACCAACUGCAGUUUACCAUC